CCCGCCCAUACCGUCGGCCGCUGCCGCCGGGCCGCGAGCACCGAGUGCGGAUUGGCCGCCGCGUGACACCGCCCGGCCUCGCUGCUUGGCGGCCGUCGCGCCCGGGGUGGCGUCGGAGCGGGCGGCGGAGCUGUGACGGACGGAGUCUGAAAAUACAGUGAAGCCUGACGGUGCAGACAGAAGAGUCUUCAAGAAGCUGGACGACCUGAAAUACUGACCAUGUCUAUUAUGGAUCACAGCCCCACCACGGGAGUGGUGACGGUUAUCGUUAUUCUGAUUGCUAUCGCAGCUCUUGGCGCCUUGAUUCUGGGCUGCUGGUGUUACCUGCGGCUGCAGAGGAUCAGCCAGUCUGAAGAUGAAGAAAGCAUCGUGGGCGAAGGAGAAACCAAAGAGCCCUUUCUUCUGGUGCAGUACUCUGCUAAAGGACCCUGCGUAGAGAGGAAAGCCAAGCUAACUCCAAAUGGCACAGAUGUGCAUAGCUAACUUGGAGCGACACGUGGACUGUGGCUACGAUGUGUGUAACCAGCAGAAUCUAUACUGUGAAGAACUUGUUCACAUGCACACUACGCAUCAGAACACCUCCAUGAGACGUUUAAGCAUUGUCUGCAACUGCACACACAGAGAAGUUGCUCUCUGCAUCAACUGUAGAUCCUAAUUUCUCCGCAGGAGGAGGACUCACAGGACACAGGAGCUGACUCGUCUGGCAUAAAGUCCAUUGCUGGCAAUGGAUGCAAAGAUAUCUUGGUGCAAAGAGACUAACAGCAUUUUUUUGUUACUUGAAUGUUCAGCUGAGCCUAUUUUGAUGGAACCACUACUGUACUGUGAACUACUUUACAACUGUGAACUGUAAAUAGGCUGCCAGAAGCUUUAUGCUUUGCAUUCACAGCAUAUGAGAAUAGCAUGACGCAACUGCACAUAACACGAGGGGACACUGAACCACAGCUGUAGAUGGGAAUCCCGAUUUUCAAACCAGACAUGUGGUUAAAGCUUGCUUCUGCUAUUAACUUCUGAGUGCACAGCCAAAAGGUCAAAACAGCACCGGCUUACUGGACUGGUGUAGAAUACUUUCUUUAAAAAGGUGUAAGCCUACAAUAAUACGCUGAGGGAAGAAACACAGGAGCUUCACGAAAGGAAAUAACUUCCUUUAGUUACAGCCAGGCAUUGGUUAAGCAUUGCUAGAGCAGAUUUUGCUAAUCACAUGGCAACUGCAAGGAAACUGCCAUUUUGAUGGGUUCUGACCUGGGAACUAAUGAUGGUCACCAAACCCUCGGGGUGGUCCAGAAGGUUUCCAGUGGUGUGAAGUGGCAGUAGAGCAGGCUUUUUCUCUUCUGUGUUUCUGCAUGCUGAAACAGCACAAGUUUUUACCUAUUAAAACUGGCAUAAAUGCAACUAAUGAAUUUUUCCUAGGACCUCGUGUAAUUAGCAGCUUGGGUAUAUGUAAUCAAGAUAUUAAUAUCCUGUUAUAAAAAGGCAUUUUAGACUAAGACAGUCAGGUAUAGAAUUCAGUUCCUGUAUCUUGUAAAUGACUCGGUUUAACUCCACAAGAUACAUUUCAGCCUCUUCUAUGAGAAAUAAUGCUGACAGGGUGAAAGAUUUCUGGUUUGUUUGCAGCCUUCAAGCUAGCAACUGAAAAUAUUUCCAAGUAAGGAGAUCUUUUUAUUUUCUGCUCUAUACCAUAGUUCAGCUACUGAAACUGCAACAAGAUGUGUCAAAUAGGGGUUCUAAACUCAAAUACUUGGGAGAGGGACAGAGCUAAGCAACCAAGACCUGCUUUUGCCUACCCUAGAACUAUUAGGCUCUCUCAAGCAUCUUUGUGCCUAAUUUCAAUUUCAAACACUUAACUGCAUAGGAUAAAAAUUUACUGUAACAAUUUGUUUCUUGAAAUAUACUACAAACAAUCAAAUCCAACUUUUGUUUUUCUAGCUGACCAGGAAGUGAUUACUGCUGCUUGUCCCUGUACAUAUGAAAUAACUAAGUAACACUGGCUUAGCAAAAUGAUAAUGGCAUUGUCAUAGUUAAUAAAGUCUUGUCCCUUCCUUCCAGAGUAA